UAAGUCUGACCACAUACAAAUACAGUUCAAAGAAUCCUAAGCACAAGCAACGUCAAGGAAAAUAACUGCGCUACAUAGAGCAGAGGAAAGGGGGAAAUGAUCUUUAUCUACUGUUUGAACCAUGAAGGAAGCCUUAUCGACUAUGUCACGGCAUGGUGCUUGGUUGGAUUCGGCACAGACAUGCCUCAAUGAACACAUGGUUUCGUCGUUGUACUCGGGAUAUGCAUGGUCAACUUAUUUUCGGUUAUUGGUUCCGGCGCUCGUGUUAUUUUGUACAUUAGACAUCUGUCUCACUAUGUCACGUCUUUUUCAGAAGACCAUUCUCCUCUACGCCUUCGGUCCUUGGAUCCACGCACUCGUUCAGUUAACUAACCACUUCUCAAGCCUGCUACUUUAUCCAUCCAGAGCACCUCGAGCUUAAGUGAUCUCCAAUGAUCUCCUAAGAAGCGUCCGAAUUCGAAUAUCAUAUCGCUUCAGUUGUUUCGAUAUCCACCGUACACCAAAAUCGCGUGUUCACUCUAUCGCAGGCCACGGCUAUUGUUGAUGAACGAGAAAUAGCAUGCGCACAAGUGUAAAUCAGUGGCUUCCUCGACG